AUGAAUAUUAUCUCCGUCAGAGCAAAACUCUCUGACAUUUACACUAACCAUUCAGCCAGGGUAUCUGCGAUAACCUAGUUUUCUGAUGCAAAUGUUUCAGACCGUCAUAUCAUUUUCGUUUUUGGUCAAAGUAGUGAACAAAGCAUCGCUCACUACAGUUCUCGACCUUCAGUUCGUCAGCUGAAAAUUGUCUCUGAUACCAUCUCCAAUGCUUUGGAGAAUCACUAG